UCACCCGAAGAACAUAUAUAAAUGUAACAUAUUUAAAAUACAGUUUAUAAUUUAUUGUGCAUUUGCGUUUAUUGGUAGAACACGAGGCCAACGAAAGAAAAGAAGGAUAAAUUUAAAACAAAUAUUGUGUUUAGUGGAGAAAUUGACUGCCCUUCGAUGAGAAUGGUGCGCCCAAGUCGUCGCAAGGGGAUCGAGGAGGUGUACGGAUCGAAGAUGGAUGCUUUGCAUCCGGUGAAGUCGGUGGCGAUAUCGCAUGCAGGUAUGACCAAAACAACCACCAUGCGAUCUGAGAGAUCGGGCCCAGGUGGUGCAGCUGGCGGAGGAGGAACCAUUAGUUCCCGUCAAGCCGAUGCUCGUACUCAACGCAGUUUUGUCACCGAAAACGAUUACUAUAUUACCACCAAUUUGCCACUGACGGCGGCCAAUUUGCGGAAUGCCUCCAACUCGAUGGCGCAUACAUCGCCAUCACUGAUGAUUCCCGGUCACGCCCAGCCGUCGCCCUACAACGCCAUCUCCUCGAGGCGCAACAACAUGGCCAACAAGGCCAGUGCUCGUCAGCCCCAGAUCAACAAGAUUACGCAUUUUAACCUGGCCGAGGGCAAGAUGAACAAUAGUGUCUACAGCAUGGCUAAGCCCAAAGAGGCACAUCGAAUGCAGCACCAUGUUAAGGGCAACACCCAGAGGAGCAACUAUCCCAUGGAUGACAAUGCCGAGUUCUCCGAAAAGGAGCUUAUGGUGCCCCAGCAGCAGGGAAAUCAGGGAAAUAUGCGCCGGCACAACCAGCACUCUCAUGUCCAUCAGAUGCAAAUGCAGUUGCAAACCGGAGUGAUGCAGCACCCGCCGCAGCAUCAGCUCCACCAGCAGCAGAUGUCCAACCACAGUCACAUUAAGCAGCAACAGCAACAGCACCACCAGCAACAGCAAUCCCGCCACCAACAUCCGCAACCACAUCCACAUCCGCAUCCCCAUCAGAAGCACUCGCGUGGGCGGCAGCCGAUUCCGACGAGCAAGGUGCACGUGAGUACCGCCGAUGACGAUGAAGAGAAGGACGACGAUCCCGAGGAGUUCUUCGAGCUGAUACGCCAGACCGUCCAGACGGCCGUAGGAAACACCAUAUCGGAUGGUCUGGUAAAAAACUUUCGGGAUCUGAGCCACAAGAUCGAAAGGUUUUCGAGCGAGCUGAAGAAGACGAACGAAAACCUGGACAAGCUGCAGGAACAGGUCACCAGUAAGGUAAUUUACUACGGCGAGGAGAACUCGCGGCACUUCCGCUACUUGUGCAUGAAGUCCGAGUACGAUAAAAUGUUCUAUCAGCACCAAUCGAUGAUGGGUGGUAAGCCUACUCCGGAAAUGAUGAGUCUCUCUAAGGCUAAUUUGGCAGCAGCAGCUUCAGUGAGCAAGAAUCUAGGCUAUAAGCCAUCCCAGGGCUUUAAGCGCCCCGGUGGAAAAGGGAUCAAGAAUCACGGAAAAGUGCCCAGUAUCACCAAGAAGGAUCUCAAUGAGACCCUGAAGACCACCGGGGCUUAUCACAGUACCUCCAAGGCUCAGCAACAGCAGCCCAGCAAUGAGCUCCGCAAAUCGUCUUCGGAUCACAGUUUGAUGGCCAAGUCCUCGGAACAGAACAUGCGCGAAGUCCUGGGCCACAUACAGCGCUUCUGCACCCAGAUGCAACAGAGCGAAAUGGGCGGCCAGAUGUCCAACGAUCAGCUGCACAAUCUCGAGGACAUUUUGAUUCCCAAGAAAAUGUCCAAUGGUGGACUGUGCGAUACGGGAGUAAAGAAUCCACGCAACAUUGCGGGCUGUCAGGGUGAUAAAAAGCAUGAUGACACGGAGGUGGAAACUCCCAUAGACAGCAUGGACGAGACAUACACUGGUGUGGACGACUUUCAAUUCUCAUCGGAAAUCUCGUCCUGCAGCGACGACGACGACUGUGGGCUCAAAUAUCCAAGUGGACCUGCCACGGCUCGUGGACCACCCAAGUCAAAUCGAAGGGCGGCCAACAAGGGCGCCGGAGAUGGUCAAUAAUGCAGAAAAACAUUUUGCUAAAUAUUUCUUACCAGACCAGAAACAUCGAACCUUUCCUCUGUAAUCAUCUUAAUACUUGUUCAAAUUCUUCUUUUGGAACACCCUAAAUUUUUUCCCGAUCAUGUAACCCAUAAAAAAAUUAGCAUUUAGGUUUGGACCAUAAAUUUAAAAAAAAAGCAAGAACGCAGUAUUGCUCGUAUUGUGUGUACACGUAUUUAUGAAAUUCGUCUUGGGGAUCUCCAUUAAACUAUGUUCUAAACUGCA